AUGCCUUACCGGCACUUAUUCCGACAAGCAGAAAGCUCUCAUGACUUCCACAACCAACAUGCAUUUCAGGGUCAACAUCCCCAGCUCUCAAUCGUCGACCCCGACUCUGUAGAUUACACCGGGUGGCAUGAGAUGGACUUUACCACCACGCCGCUGACGCCGUCAACCGUGGAAAUAACCUCGCACCAAUCCCUCAACCAGAAAUACUCUGCGGCCAUGGACAGAGAGCAAGAUCGUCUGGCGUAUCUGCGGCUGCCCAACUAUCGCCACGGGCCAACAGGUAACCUGAUCAACUCGUCCUCCCAUCAACAGACCUCUGGGCCACGCAGAGCCUCACGAGAUACGUACCCCAGCAGCCAAUACACCUUCUCACAGCUCCUCAACAUGGAGGGCAAUCUCCCGCCCAUGGAUCAGUCGACCCUGCAAAGCUCACGCGCUGACCCUGACUCCAACAUGACGAACAACGAUCUCACGACAACACUACCAGCCUCGGACUCGAUCAACAGCUCUCCGCCCAUGACCAACCUGGAUCCCAUCGCUGUCUCCAUUGCAUCAAGGGCAGACUCGACGGAGAAGCUCUGUCCCCUGAUCGCCGGACAAGUAGACAGCUGUCAACCCUCACGCUGUGGUCCAGAUGCACCGUGCAUGAAUUUCACCACCCUGCCACCCAUCGAAGAGUGCACGUCCGUACCGUGUAUAACAGACGCCAACUCGCUCAACGAAACGAAUUUCACUCCCGACAGCAUGUCUGUCGAGCUCCACCAACGACCCAACAUAAGUACACGGACAAGCACCGCUACCACCUCACGCUCCUCAGCAACCCGCCGCUCAUCCAGCUCGACGGCAACGACGGCCGACAGCCCACCCGACGUCGUGCCCCUUCCACCAAGGAGAUCCGCCCCUACCACUGCCGCAACGAACAUGCGCCGUACAACCCGCGCCAGUCACAAAGCCAUCCACAUCCCCAGUGCCACAGCGGUGUCGUCAGACAACGACGAAGAGGAGGAAGCGCCUCCACCGACCACCAAGUCUACGGCGCCGUCCAAAGCCGAUGCCAAACAACGCGCCAAACAAGCCCACUCCCUAGUCGAGCGCAAAUACCGCGAAAACCUCAACGCCAAGAUCACGCAACUACACUCGACUCUGCAGAAUUCGCACUACGGGCCGCGGGUCGGCGAGGACGGCGAGCGCGAAGACAUGGUUUCGAACCACGCGCUCCCUGCUGCAAAGGUGCGCAAGAGCGAUGUGCUGACCGAGGCGAUGAACUACGUGAAUCAGACCGAGGUUGAGAUGCGGCACAUGGAGAAUGAAAUCCACAGACUAUCCGAGCGAGUGAGAGUGCUGGAGAAGCUGGUCCGGUGCGAGGAUUGCAGUUUGCUGAAACAGAUGGUGAAUUUGCAAGUACAGGCGGUGUAA